AAACAUUAUCACUGUAUUCAUCUCUGUGUGUAAUCUUUUCGGCGACGAGGGAGCUAUGUCCGAUGUAGUAGCUGAGGUCGCGGCGGAGACGAGUGUUGAAGGAAAUGCAAAGCCGACGAAGCAAUUCAGUGUGUAUGAAGCGACUUCGGAAGAGCUUAUAGAGCGUUCGAUGGCUCCUAUUAAAAAGGAGUUCCUAUGUCCUCCUCCUCCAAGCCGUUCCCUAAAGCAAAGUGACGUGAAGGCGCCUCAUCCGAGCUUAGUCCAGGAGAAGAAAUCGAAGCGACAGCUCAAAAGGGAACGCCGGGAGAAGUGUGCGAUAAACCUGUGUCCGCAGGUUUCGAAAACAGAAGACGUUGAUUCGUGUCAGUAUAAAGAGAAAUGCCGCUUUAAUCAUGACAUUGAAGCCUUCAAAGCUCAGAAACCAGAUGAUAUAGAUGGGCAGUGCCCAUUUGUGGCCUCUGGGAUGAAGUGUCAAUAUGGUUUAUCAUGCAGAUUCUUUGGCACUCACAAAGCUAUCUCUGGUGGAAAUUCUGAUGGGGAGCAGAAGAACUCCGAGUUUAAUUUUUUUAACAAAGAGACACAGAGGCUUUUAUGGAAAAAUAACAUGACCUUUGUCAAGGCAGAUGCCAAACUUAAAUCCCUUGGCCUUAUGGGACAUGCCAAAAAAAGCAAUGCUGCUCAAGAGAAUGACGCAGAAAAACCUCUGAAUGGUGCUAAUGGCAGUCAAGCAACUGAAGAUGUUGAUGUUCAUGGACCAUUAGAAACUGAACAAGUUCGUCCCAUGAAAAAGGCCAAAUCUGACGACAACAACGAGACUUCUAAACUUGGAGACAUUAAUGAUGGGGUGAUGGAUGUGGACGAUGAAACGGAAAAGAAGGGGCAUUCUACUUCAAAAGCCAAGAUAGAGGAUGAGGAGGAUAGCAUCAAAGUUGUUGAAACUGAUGGGAGCCUAAAAUCGCACCCUCGCGAAAAGAAAAAGCUUAUUGAUUUUAGGGAUAAGUUGUACCUUGCACCCCUAACAACUGUGGGCAAUCUUCCCUUCAGAAGACUUUGCAAAGUAUUGGGAGCUGAUGUGACUUGUGGUGAGAUGGCCAUGUGUACAAAUCUUUUGCAGGGCCAAGCUUCGGAAUGGGCUCUGCUUAGAAGGCAUUCAUCGGAAGAUCUGUUUGGUGUUCAGAUUUGCGGUUCUUUUCCAGACACGGUGUCUCGUGCGGUUGAGCUUAUAGAUCGAGAAUGCACGGUUGAUUUCAUAGACAUCAACAUGGGCUGCCCGAUAGAUAUGGUUGUGAACAAAAGUGCUGGUUCAGCUCUUCUCAACAAACCAUUACGAAUGAAGAACAUCGUGGAGGUCUCUUCUUCCAUUGUUGAAACACCUAUCACUAUCAAGGUACGAACUGCAUUUUUUGAGGGUAAGAACCGGAUAGACUCAUUAAUUUCAGAUAUUGGGGAUUGGGGAGCCACUGCAGUGACGAUUCAUGGGAGGUCAAGACAACAACGUUAUAGCAAGUCUGCGGAUUGGGACUAUAUAUACAAGUGUACCAAAAACGCUUCCUCUAACCUACAAGUUAUAGGAAAUGGAGAUGUCUACUCUUUUUUAGACUGGAACAAACACAAGUCUGACUGUCCUGAGUUGUCUAGCUGCAUGAUUGCUCGCGGAGCACUGAUCAAGCCUUGGAUAUUUACUGAAAUCAAAGAGCAACGACACUGGGAUAUUACCUCCGGGGAAAGACUUAACAUCUUAAAGGACUUUGUGCGUUUUGGUCUUCAACAUUGGGGAUCCGACACAAAAGGAGUUGAGACAACUAGGCAUUUCUUGCUGGAGUGGCUAAGCUACACGUUUAGGUACAUACCUGUAGGUCUGCUGGAUGUGAUCCCGCAGCAAAUCAACUGGCGUCCGCCUUCUUACUUUGGUCGUGAUGAUCUCGAGACUCUCAUGAUGUCUGAAUCUGCGGGUGACUGGGUUCGUAUAUCGGAAUUGCUGCUUGGAAAGGUUCCGGAAGGCUUCACGUUUGCACCCAAGCACAAAUCCAACGCGUAUGACCGAGCUGAAAAUGGCUAAUUCCAACUCCACAUUUUAUGUAAGCUCAAUCUUCAUCCAUAAACACGUCUGAAACUGUGAUGAGCAAAUUUCUAUUCAAUAGUUUUUUUUUUUUUAGUGUAGACAGCAAUUCGAGAACAAUGUACUAUUAUUGCCUUUUUCUAAAACCAUAAUCUCAUAAUUAAAAACUA